AUGUUCAGCAAGGAAUUUUGGGCCAAACGUGGGCUUCGUGUUAGCGACCACCAACGCAACAGGCCCGAACUAACGCUGCGGCAAUCGCUUUUCCCCAUUGCCCUGGUGACAAUUCUAUUUUUCCUUUGGGGAUUUUCUUACAGCCUUCUCGAUACCCUCAACAAACACUUUCAGGACACUCUAGGAAUUAACAAGGCCAAAUCCUCAGGGCUUCAGGCUGCGUAUUUCGGUGCUUACCCUUUGGCAUCUCUUGGACACGCUGCUUGGUUAUUGCGGCACUACGGCUACAAAGCAGUGUUCAUCUGGGGCCUUUUCCUCUAUGGCCUCGGCGGACUUCUUGCAAUUCCUGCCAUCAAGGCCCACAGUUUUGCAGGUUUCUGCAUCUGCAUCUUCAUCAUUGGCAACGGACUAGGUGCUCUGGAAACAGCCGCCAAUCCCUACAUCACAGUAUGCGGGCCGCCUCGAUUUGCAGAGAUUCGCAUCAAUAUUUCUCAAGCUUUUAACGGCAUCGGUACCAUCAUCUCACCAGUCGUUGCCGCACAUGCAUUCCUUGGUCUCACUGAUGUGACUGCAAUGGAGAACGUGCAAUGGGUCUACCUGGCUAUAUCGGUUUUCGUCUUUACUCUUGCUGUUGUAUUCCUCUUCGCCGAAAUUCCCGAAGUCACCGACGCGGACAUGGCUUACCAAGCCGCCGAGACACACACAGAGGAACAAGAUUUGCCUUUCCGAAAACAGUAUCGCCUCUUCCAUGCCGCCUUUGCACAAUUCUGUUACUGUGGAUCUCAAGUGGCAAUUGCUGGCUUUUUCAUCAACUAUGUCAUCGAUACGCGUCCAAAUACCAGUGCUCCCCUCGCUUCAAACUUCCUCGCUGGAGCUCAGGGUGCUUUUGCCGCUGGGCGUUUCGUCGGAACAGGAUUGAUGUAUUUGAUUCGACCACGUUGGAUCUUCCUGAUCUUCCAGUCCGCUGUUAUAAUUUUCCUGGCCCCCGCUAUCACUCAACGCCAGAACAUCGGCAUGAGCAUGCUCUUUGUCGUUUUGUUCUUUGAGUCAAUCUGCUUUCCGACAAUUGUUGCUCUUGGAAUGAAAGGUCUUGGUCGGCAUACAAAGCGUGGAUCUGGUUACAUUGUUGGAGGUGUCAUUGGUGGUGCAUGUGUGCCUCCACUGCUAGGAGUUGCUGCAGAUGCCUAUGGCACAGGCGUAGCAAUGUUUGUGCCUCUGGUCUUCUUUCUUGGAUCUCUUUCUUAUGCGGCUGCUGUUAACUUCUGGCCGUGGUAUCGUGAUAUGAUUGACGCUUAUAGCGAUACCAAGAUCGGAUCACAUGGUCAAUCUGCUGCUGAUGAGGAGACAGCAAAGACAGGAGGCCUCGAGGUUGAGCGAGUAGAGGAAACAAAACAGUCCUAA